AUGCAUGUUUGUGCCUAUAAAGACGGGAAAGUGAUAAUUGAUACUGCUGCCGGGGUUCUUGGAAACUAUGAUCCUUCUCCAGUUAAGCCAGAUACCUUAUUUCCUGUUUUCUCUGUAACAAAAGGAAUCACGGCUGGAUUGUUACAUUGGCUGGUUGAUAAAGGGAAAGUGAAACUUGACGAGAACAUUGCAAAUAUUUGGCCAGAGUUCAGUUCAAACAGUAAAGAUCGAAUAAAGGUUCAUCAUGUACUCAAUCAUACAGCCGGAAUGCAGAAUGCUCUGGCCAGCCUUGUGCAAGAUAACCCAAUGGUUUUGUGUGAUUGGGAUGAAUGCCUAAAACGCAUUGCUAUGGCAGCACCAGAGAAUGAACCUGGUCAAGAACAGCUAUAUCAUUACUUAUCAUUUGGUUGGUUGUGUGGUGGGAUCAUUGAGCGUGCAUCGAAGAAAAAGUUUCAAGAUAUCCUUGAAGAGGCUUUGGUUCACCCGCUUAGCAUUAAAGGGGAGCUUUAUAUUGGAAUCCCUCAAGGUGUGGAAUCCAGACUUGCAACACUCACACUAGAUACAAAUGAUGUCAAUAAGUUCUCAGAAGUAAGCAGCCCGACCACUACCUCUAGCUCUGCCUCUUCCUCCAUAUUCCAGUUUGAUGUACUCGCCGGCUUAGUUCCCUUGUUUAAUACCCUCAAUGUCCGCCGUGCCAUACUACCUGCCGCCAAUGGCCAUUGCUCAGCGCGUGCACUUGCACGCUACUACGCAGCCCUUCUGGAUGGAGUUGUGGCCCCACCACCUCAUUCCUCCUUAUCCCAACCAUUACUCGGAAGCCACCCCCACCUUCCCAAAUCUAAUAAAACCCACAAUAAAAAACAUGGCGGAAAGCAUAAAGAUUCAAAAACAGAAUCCAAAAUUUUCAGCAACCAUAAAACAAAAAUCCAUGAUUCCUUUUUGGGUAAUGGAGAAUAUGAGAAGUUGAUUUUUCCAAAUGGGAAUUUCGGGCUUGGAUUUAAGAGGGUAUGCUCAAAGGAUGGCUCUCUAAUUGGAUUCGGGCAUGCAGGCUUAGGAGGGUCAACAGCGUAUUGUGACAUAAGCAAUAGGUUUUCUAUUUCUGUGACCGUAAACAAGUUGUCUUUUGGGUCUGUGACUAAAGAUAUAAUUCAGUUAGUUUGCUCAGAGUUGAAUCUUCCGAUACCAGAAACAUAUGCAGAUUCUGUCUUAACACCCAUGAAUUGAUCAAGGAUUGGAUAGACCCUUGAAUUGU